GUCUGGGUCUGUUCUGAUCCUGUCUGGAUGUGGAAUACGCAGCUGCCGCCGUCGCCUUCACCCUCGGGAAACAAGCAAUGGAGGGCAAGGAUGACGGUUUUUGCGUCUGGCGUUUGGAGGCUGUCCUUCAAGGAGAUGGCUGUGACCUUCACCAAGGAGGAGCUGGGAGUGCUAGACUUGGCCCAGAGGAAGCUGUACCAUGACGUGAUGCUGGAGAACUUCUGGAACCUGGUCUCCAUGGGAUAUCAACCCUUCACGUUAGAUAUAAUACUCCAGUUGGGGAGAGAAGAGCAGCUUUGGGUGAUGGAGCCAGAAACCCGAGACGAGUGUUCAGGACACAGGAAUAAAAAUGAAAUAGAGACUCUUCAAGAAGUAGGACUAAGACACAUUUUGCAUGAAGGCCUUAUGUGCAGGCAGGUGUGGGCAGCAGAAUCUGCUGAGGUUGCUGAAGAUGAGAACUGUGUGGGAAAGCUUCAAGGGAAGAGUUCCAAUAGUGUCAACAAUCAAGAACCUCAAAUUCAGACCUCCUGAGAUUUCUGGAGG